AUGGAAUUUCCAACUCAAGGGAAUCAAUGUUCAUUUAAUACUUGCAAACAACUUGAUUCUCAUCAAUGUUCACAUUGGGAAAUUGACAAAAAGAACGCAGAAGUAUGCUUGAAAUGUUCCAGAAUGAUUCUAAUUCCACAAGGCAAAUCUAACAAAGAAAUUUUAGAGGAGCAUCAUUCAUCAAUCUGUACUCUGCAUCUACUUUCUACUUCUGAAUUAUUAUCCAAACAACAAUGCAAACUCAUUGAAUGUGCUAACAGUGGUGAUGGUUCAUUGGUUUAUGUGAUUUGUGAUGGAUGUGGAAAUAAUUUUUGUUUAAAACAUCGUCAUCCAUUGGCUCAUAAUUGUUCUUCAUUGAAUGCUAACUCUGAGAAAAAAGCAAAAAGGCGUGCUUUUGCAGAAGAGAUGAUAAAAAAAUAUAUUAAAAACCCUGAUAGAUUAUAUCUUUUGGUUAAUUUUCCAAGUGAUUCGAAUUUAGCUUCAAAGCCUUUAUUUUUCAAUAAGGAUUGGUCAGUUGGAAAAGUUCUUGAUCAGAUUGCAAUAAUUGGUAAAAUCAAUAAUAACAACAAUCAUAUUUCAAUGAAUGAUCCAAAAAAUCAAACAAAAAAUUAG